UGAACUGCCGCUAGCCGCGCGCUGUUGUGGGAGGGCUGCGGUGAGUAGGUAGCUGCCAGAAAAAAGGGAGGGGGGCGAGAGAGGUAUAGACAGUGAAGGAGGGAGAGAUGCUACCAUAAGUGCACUAAACAGUACAAAGAGAACAGGACCGGGAGUGAGGCACUAAUACUAAACUGGCACUAGUGGACUUUUAAAAGCAGAAAGUAGAGAGAGGGGUUGACACUAAAUUUUAGAUACACGUGCGAUAAAGAGUGGAGCGACUGAUACCAAAAACAAAACUAAACUCGAAUCAGUACCUCUGAUUAGUUGGCCAGCGCAACGUUUUCCAUUUGAAACCAGGACCCUUCCUGAGUAUAGGCAAGCUCGGAGGAUACCGGACGCCGCGGACCUGCUAGCUAACUUUUAAACCGAUUCCUACACAAAACUACGCAGACAUUGGGAGCAUCAACAUGACCCCUGCACUACCCCAGCACUUCCGCCUGGUAGUGCUGCUGUUCCUCUGCCAGUGGUCUGCACCGGUGGUCAGGGCUCAGGCCAGCCCAUCCCCUCCGUCUGGCUGCGGCCAAAACCUGAACUCCCUUUAUUACAACCUGUGUGACCUGUCUGCGGCCUGGGGGGUGGUGCUGGAGGCGUUCGCCGGGGCGGGUAUGGUGGGCACCUUCAUGGUAACUAUCGUGCUUGUGGCGAGCGUGCCCUUCAUCACGGAUGGGAAGAAGAAGAGCGUGGUGGGGCUGCAGGUGGGAUUCCUGCUGUGCACGCUGGGGCUGUUCGCCCUCACCUUCGACUUCAUCGUCAAGCCAAACUUCUCCACCUGUGCCUCCAGGCGCUUCCUCUUUGGCGUCUUGUUUGCCGGCUGCUUCUCCUGCCUGCUGGUGCACAGCAUCCGUCUGAACCUGCUCGUGCGGAAGGACAAUGGUCCACGGGGAUGGGUGUUGUGCCUGGGUGCCCUGGCUCUCUGGCUGGUUGAAGUCAUAAUCAACACGGAGUGGCUGAUCAUAACCAUAGUCCGCAACGCCCCAAGCACCACCGUUGUGGGGGACCCGUGCUCAAUUGCCAACAUGGAUUUCGUCAUGGCGCUCAUCUACGUGAUGGUCCUCUUGUUGGCCACCCUGGUGUCAAGCAUUUCCACCCAGAUGGGCAAGCACAAGCACUGGAGGAAGCACGGCAUCUUCAUCCUGCUGACGGCCCUCGUCUCUAUAGGCAUCUGGGUGGCGUGGAUCGUGAUGUACGUUUUUGGGAACAGCAGGGUGGGGAGCUCCCUCUGGGACGACCCCACGCUGGCCAUCGCUCUGGUUUCCAAUGCCUGGACCUUCCUUAUCUUGUACAUCAUCCCCGAGCUCUGCCUGCUCACCAAGGAGUCAGAGGCGCAGCCAAGCUACGGAGACGACCUGUACCCCACCAGAGGGGUGGGCUACGAGACCAUCCUCAAGGAACAGGCAUCCCAGAACAUGUUCGUGGAAAACAAAGCUUUCUCCAUGGAUGAACCAAGCACAGCUAACAAGCCUGUGUCCCCAUACUGUGGCUACAAUGGGCAGACUCGCAGCUGUGUGUACCAACCCACAGAGCUUGCACUGAUCAGUAAAGGCCCUGGACAUCACUCGGACAUGCAGUAUGAAGUGGUAAUCCCCCGGGCGAGUGUAAUCUCCCAGCCGGCGAGCAGCAACAACUCUACAGUCCGAGCCGAAGACUCUGCCUCCACAGCAGGGCAGCAGAGGAAAGGAAGCGAAAACGGCUUUUAUUCCAAAUCCCUUUGGUAAACAUCCCUCAGACUUCUCAAACUUUUCCAGUGAUCCAAAGACUCCCAGCUGACCCUGUAAAGCUAAGACUUUUUUCUGUUUUUUUUUUUUUUUUUUUUUUUUUUUUUUGGUUGUUCCCUUCACUGCUGGCCCAGCCUCAGUGAUGCUUGAUGGCAGAUUCCUCUACCGAUACAGAGAGGGAGAGAGAGCAAGAUCCUAGCUCCUCACUCUCUCGGUACAGCCUCACGCAGGAGGAGGCAGGGGGUCCUUGUGAGAUCAUCUCAAAAGCUGUGCCUCUCCAGGGAUGCUCUCUGUCAGCCUGGCACCAGCCUGGCAUCGGUAUGAACGGCUAUAACAAACCCCACGGACAAAGGCGCUUUUUUUUAUUAUCAAAAUGUUAAUCCUAAGUGACCAAAAAAACCCAAAUGCUUCUACGUCCAGAACGGAGACAAUGGUAUUUUGACUGAGAUUUCUUUUGUGAAAAGAGAACUGAAGUGGCAGUCAGCUAGUGAGAGGGGAGGGGGGAGGGGGGAGGGGGUCAGUGGAUAAAAAAACAAAAACAAAAACACCCCCUUCUCUCCUUCCUGACCUUUUUGAAUGUUUUUUCUUUUUUUUUGCUGCUGUUUUGGACUGUGCAGACAGUGUGACGCAGACAGCCAGACAAGGAGGAGAUGCAGGGUUUCAAUAACUAAGACUGGAAGCAGCUUACCGUUCUAGAUGUGAUACGCACCCACAUGCAGCAGUAAAGGUUCCCUGAAGCCCUGAAACCACCAGUACAGAACCAAUACAAAACCCAGUGUAUUCAGAAAGUUGGGUGCAUCAAUAAUGCAAGCACACUUACUGCUUCGUGACCAUAGAAAAUAUACAGGGUUCAAAUAACGCCUAACCAGCAGUACUAAAAUGCCUCUCCAGUUAAAAAAACAAAGACAUCAUUGCUCUCCAGAUGCCCAGAAUAUGGCUGUCACUUCAGUAACAAAAAAUCCAUGGGACCGUUGAUCUGAAACCCACCUUUUGUAGUAUGAUGUGCCUGAGAGUUUACUAGCGAGUGCAGUCUUCAGCCUCUCCAGCUGUGCCCCAGAGGGGGAGUGCGCCUUACAUUUCAGUUGACUGAAUUUCUGUUUUUGUUUUGUUUUAUAUCAUUUUCUGUUGCGUUAACUAAGCGCUUCCUUCAAUGCAGUGUUUGUAAGAUAGCGGGGGAUGUCAAUUGAAUGUUAAACAAACUGUGAUCAUUGUGUUAAACUGGGGGAAUUGUUUUAGCAGGAAAUAAACCAGAAAAAUGUCCCUGAUAUAUGUCUCCAACAGCACAUUUGAAUAGUGGUAUCAGAUACAGACACAGAGACAUUUUAAGGUGGUAUUGUUAUAUUAUAGCUAAAGACGGUAUUCCCGGACAAUCAAUGAGAAGAAAAUAUAACCUUGCAAUGCCACCUUAAAUCAGGGGUGUCAACACUGACACAUGGUUUUUUGCAUGAAUUUCUCUGCUGAAAAGUUAAUUGAAUUGGGCCCAAAAGCUGUCAUGAAUGAAGAAUUAAAGUGUAAUGGAAAUUGUAUUACUUAUUUAAAUAUAUGACCAGUACCAGUAGGCUACACUCCUUUUAAAAUAACACUGACCUAUAUCUAAAUAUGACAAAUGUGCAUUGAUAUGUAAUUUUUUAUUUAUUUUCUGAUGUAAAUUAGAAGGCUUAAUCACUGAUUGUUGUCCCAAGGUUAUAAAAUUACAAAAUGUCUCUUCGGAGGAAAUGUCUGCUUAGUUUACUGUGAAGAUAAGUCAUGGAACCUGGGCAGGAGUUAAUAAUGGAAAAUAAAUGUGAUUUUCCACAGCA